GCCCUUGCCCGGGAACGCUUCCGGCGCGUGAGGUAUUGCGUUUCACGAGGCGACUGCUUGCAGGCGCCUCGUGCCGUGGGAGUCCGCCUCUCCCCGCGCGUGCGGCGGGUUGCUAGGCGACCCUGUGGCGGGAUCGCGCGGGGAGCGCGGGAAGGAAAGGGCGGAGAGGAGGGGGCCGUUAGGGCCGCCCCGCGGUGAGAGCAGCGGCAGCGGGAGGCCAUGGGUGUCGAGGCUGCCGAAGGCCCGUCCUCACAGUGAGCGUGUGACCGCAGCCCCGAGCACCAUGGCUCUCGUGGGCAGGACGGCGAUGUGGUGGGCCCGGCUGCGGAGCCCUUACCCCGCUGGCGCCCCGCUCUGCUUUCCCCCCUGGCGGCCCGCGGGGCUGGCGGCGGACUGGCGGCUGUACAGCUCCCGCGGCAAGGAAAAAUUAGAUAUGUCAAUGUAUCCUGUUGAAAGCAUCAGAAACUUCAGUAUUAUAGCUCACGUAGAUCAUGGCAAAAGUACACUGGCAGACAGAUUGUUGGAAAUUACAGGAACGAUUGCUAAGACUGACUGUAAUAAACAAGUGCUGGAUAAACUGCAAGUGGAACGCGAAAGAGGAAUUACAGUUAAAGCACAAUCUGCAUCUCUUUUUUACAAUCAUGAAGGAGUUAACUACCUCUUAAAUCUUAUUGACACGCCAGGCCACGUAGAUUUCAGCUAUGAAGUAUCACGAUCAUUGUCUGCCUGUCAAGGUGUCAUACUUGUAGUGGAUGCAAAUGAGGGUAUUCAGGCUCAGACAGUGGCAAACUUCUACCUUGCUUUUGAAGCACAGCUUACAAUAAUUCCCGUCAUAAAUAAGAUUGACUUGAAGAAUGCAGACCCUGAAAGAGUUGAAAAACAAAUUGAGAAGCUGUUUGAUAUCUCUGCAGAUGAAUGUGUAAGGAUUUCUGCUAAACAAGGAACAAAUGUUGAAAAAGUUCUUCAAAAGGUCAUUGAGAAGAUUCCUCCACCUCAGUGUAAUACUGCUGAUCCAUUGAAAGCCUUAGUAUUUGACUCUACCUUUGACCACUACCGAGGUGUCAUAGCUAACAUUGCACUCUUUGGUGGGGAGAUUCAGAAAGGGCAUAAAAUUGUGUCUGCACACACAAAGAAAAGAUAUGAAGUUAAUGAAGUUGGAAUUCUGACUCCAAGUGAACAGCCAACGCAUAAGCUAUAUGCUGGACAAGUGGGCUACGUGAUUGCUGGAAUGAAAGAAGUAACAGAAGCCCAAAUAGGAGACACACUGUUUUUUUAUAAACAGCCAGUGGAGCCUUUGCCUGGUUUUAAGUCAGCGAAGCCAAUGGUUUUUGCAGGAAUGUAUCCUGUAGAUCAAACAGAAUAUAAUAAUCUUAAAAGUGCUUUGGAAAGGCUGACAUUGAAUGAUUCCAGUGUAACUGUUCAUCGUGACAGUAGCCUUGCCUUAGGAGCUGGAUGGAGGUUGGGUUUCCUUGGUCUUUUACACAUGGAAGUUUUUAAUCAACGUUUGGAGCAGGAGUAUAACAUGUCUGUUAUUUUGACUGCACCUACAGUUCCAUAUAAAGCAGUUCUUUCCUCAGCAAAGUUGAUAAAGGAGUAUGGUAAAGAAGAGAUUACUAUUAUCAACCCCGCUCAGUUUCCUGAUAAACUUUCAGUAUCUGAAUAUUUAGAGCCAACUGUUCUUGGUACUAUUGUAACACCUCAUGAAUAUAUUGGGAAAAUAAUUGCUUUGUGUCAGGAUCGAAGGGCAGUCCAGAAGGAUAUGUUCUAUAUGGAUGAACACAGGGUUAUGCUAAAGUACCUCUUUCCACUGAAUGAAAUAGUGGUGGAUUUUUAUGAUGCUCUUAAGUCUCUGUCUUCAGGUUAUGCAAGUUUUGAUUAUGAAGAUGCAGGAUACCAGACAGCAGACCUUAUCAAAAUGGAUAUUCUUCUAAAUGGAAAUCCAGUUGAAGAGCUGGCAACAAUCAUACACAAUGAUAAGGCGUAUGCUACUGGUAAAUAUAUUUGUGAACGUUUAAAAGAUGCUAUUCCUAGACAGUUGUUUGAAAUAGCCAUCCAGGCUGCUAUUGGCAAGAAAAUCAUUGCAAGAGAAACGCUGAAAGCUUACAGAAAAAACGUUGUGGCAAAAUGUUAUGGUGGAGACAUUACAAGAAGAAUGAAGCUUUUAAAGCGGCAGGCAGAAGGGAAGAAGUUGAUGAGAAAAAUCGGCAAUGUGGAAGUACCAAGAGAUGCCUUUAUACGCGUUUUAAAGAGACAGACUGACAAAUAGAGAUCAGUGACAUGCAGGUGAUUAUUCUUUCAACUUUUUGUAGACAGUAGCAUGAUGAGCUAAUGUAUAAUUUAUCACUGUGAGAGGGAACAUAUUUGACUUUAAAUAGUGUAAAUUAACAGUAUGUGGGAACAUAAAUUGAAAGGACUAUGUACUUAAAACGUACAGAUACUUGUAGAUUAUUAUAAAAUUAAAGUUAUUUGACUUAA